ACACAUAAUACACAUACAUCGAACAAUACAAGUAAAUUGAGUCAAACGAGCGGAAUUAUUACAAAAUAAACUCGGCGUCCGCGUUCACAGGACAGCAAGGUUUGAUAUGGUCGCAGUCGUUCGCGUUUGGAUAGUGUUGUUUUGGCGUAGUUGGGUCAGGGUGAAACACGGCCGACGUGGGUUGCGGAACGAGCCGUAUCCACUUGUUGUGCUUUUCUCUGUCAGCCCCUUCUGAAACCGAUUAAUGCAAAUCCAGACUGAUCAUUUAUUUAUUAUAAUAUGCACAUUUUACGAUUAUUCCAUUAAAUUUGGGUUUUUUUUUUUUGUUUAUGGUUUACAGGAGUAUAAUAACAGUGUAUUUUAUAGUAUGUAGUUGAUAUAUUAUAUUACAAUAAAUUAGAGCGGUAAGCCAAUACGAUGAAUCUGUAGAAUUACGACAGAAGUCGAUAGGAAACCUACAUCUAUGUUGCUUACAAUUCUCGGACAAAAGAGAUUUGGGAUUAAACGAAAAAUCCGAUUUACAAUGAAAUUAAUUCGUUUUCAUUAUUAUAAGUUUUUUUCCAGUAUGGUUUUAUAAAAAUAAUGAAUUUUCAUCAAUUGUGAAAAAUAUUGAUCGGAUUUUGUUAUUCUAUGUCUACUAUCUAAUAAUUACUUGUCGGUUUAGGUCUUUGUUCGUAAGGGACGCAUUAAGUAUAUUGAGAGAAAUGUUAUUUUUUACCAACCACAAUACGUACAAUUUUGUAUUUAAACUAUAGCCCGAAAAUGAAAGUGAGAUAAUCAGCCUCUGUUAUAUUUUUACUGAAAUAAUGUUAUCUGAUAUAAAUCUAUAAUGUAUAUCUACAUGUUAAUGUUAAAAUGUUAUUUGUGUAGUUUUUGUAAUUUUUUUUCCAUCUGUAAAUAACUUUUCGAAAAGAAAUUUUGUUUCGAUGUAUAGAGUAUAGCAUCUUUUCCGAAAGGAAAUUUUCUCUAGUUGAUGUAUUACAGACAUUUUUUUUUUGAUUUUUCAAGACAACGGGUUUUCGAUAUAAUUGAGAAACCCGGAAAGAAAAUUAUAGAUAAAACGGUGACAAUUAACAAAGCGUCGCGAGCCGGGGGGUUACCGAUUUCAUUGUUUUUAAUUUUUGAAAAUUGUGUUCCUACCAGAAAUAUUGCUUUAAUCAAAAAAUGCUAAGAUACAUUUUUUGUCAAAUUUUUAAUAUAAUUGGUGGAUAAGAAAGUCUUUUUUUGAUUUUCCUUGAAGUUUUUUUUUAAUAAUUGUGCAAAAUCAAAAAAAAAGUUGAAAGAAAGGGGGAAAUUUACAAAAAUAAUGUUUUAAUUAUUUUCAAUUUUGUUUUUUUGUUGUGAUUCCGUUGAAAAUAUUCGAAGAGACUUGAACAUUUGACAGAAAACUUAUAUUUGCUAUUUUUAUAUAUUGAAAACAUUUAUACCAUUUUUGAGCUAUUUAUAGACAUUUUAAUUUUCCGAGUUUUUACGUAAAUUUUAUUUCGUAGGUACUUUAUGGAUAACAAGUAGAAUUGCUUGAAAAUUUAAUAGAAGGUUCAUUAUAAUUCGUACUUUAUGAUCAAUAAGAAAUAGUUGAGUUUGAUGUGGUUUUUUUUUUUAUAAGAGUUUUAGUAUCAAAUCGUAAAUCGUAAAUAUUACGGCCUUUCAAAACUUCGCUCUGAAUCGUUUUUCGUUAGUAAUGGUUUACCGUUGCUUACAGAUAUAAAUUAAACAACUUUAUGUAUCCUACCUUUUUUAUAAUAUAUGUAUAUUGUAGGGUCGUUUGGACACUACCUAUAUAAUCUUACUCUUGAGCACGUUUAUAUAGUUCGUUUUGGUAGGUAACAAAAAUAUGUUUUAAGAACUAUUUAUUUAAUCAAAAAAAAUCAAAAAAUAAAACGCUUUUCGGUUUAUUAUACUGACGGAUGCAUAAUUAUACGUGGUGUUUCAUAGUAAAUCGAAGGUUUCAAAAAUGAAAAAGAUGUUAAAUUCAGAAAUGAGCUCGUGCAAAGAGAAGUAACUCACUUGUACAGCCAUUAUAACGAGCUUAACGAGCGUAUUUCGCUUCCAUAGAUAUAAUUAUAUUUUAUAAUAUAUAGAAUAUUAAAAAAAAAAAAAUGUACAAUGGAUACAAUUUCAAAUUUGAGCAGAUAAUAAUUUUUCAAGUAAUUUUUAUUUGUAGGAGUGAUUAAAAUAAAUGAGUGGAAGUACACGAUGAUAAUGGUCGGAAGACGUAUGGUGGCGCCAGGUAUACCAAUUUAUAUUAAUGUUGUUCAAUGGCUAAACGAGAUAAUAAAAUUGUAAAAAUUAGUACCCAUUUAUACGGGUUAAUAAACAAUGUUUAACAACGUAUUAAUUAUACCUUAUUACUUUUAUAUAUUAACGUUUUAUUUUUAAGCGAAAUGGUUUUAGAUUCUAAGUGAAACUUAGUAUAGUUUUGAUAUGUGUUUUUUUUCGUGUCUAUAAACAAUUUUUCUGUAUCAGAUAUCUAAUUCCAAUUAAAAAUUUUUUAGGAAUUUUCUUGUAAAAUUGUUAUCCUAGUUGGUGAAUUGGGUGUAAUUGGAUGAAUUUUUAGAUUUUCUUUGUUGUGUUCUUAAUAAAUUGAAAAAAAACUAUUUUUGGUAUAAUUUUUGUCGAUUUUUGAAUUAACUCGGCAAUAAGGGUAAAAACAUGACUAAUACUAAUCUACUCAGAAUCGCUUUUCGUUAGUAAUUGUUUAUCGUUGAGUACAUAUAUAAAUUCAAUUACUUUAUGUGUCCACUUUUCUAAGUUCCAUCCUUCAACAGUGGCAUAUUUAUUAAUAGUAUUAGGCUUUUUUUCUUUCUAAUUUCAUUACCUACUUUUAUACAUCUAUACAUUCUCUAUACUUUAUAUUACUUUUAUAGAGUUAAGUAUCUACUUAUUUUAUUACUUUUUAUAUCUAUAUAUUUUAUUAAAUCAUGAAUCGAAAUGAUUGAGUUGUGAUCGUCGGUGUCUGGAAGAAAAACCGAUUGAAAUUUAAUUGAUUUUCUAUACUUUGUAUUUCAAAAACUGCAAACGUGUGGUUUUAUUAAAAUACUAGAUUAUAUGUAACAUAAUAUGCUUUUAAUUUAAAUAUAUUUACACACGUAUUAUGUUUAUUGAGUUUUAAUACAUAAUACUUCGUCAAAACUAUGAUUUUGAUAACAUUAAAUAUUACGAAGGCAUAGAUAAAAUAUGAGAUUUAGAAGAGGUUAGAUUAUUAUUAAAUUAUAAAUAAUAUGUGUAGAUUAUUAAAUAAGUAUAGAUAUUUUUUUAUACAUAUUAUAUAAAUUAAAUCUACUAACUCAGACUAUCAACUUACUUUGCAUCGAUUUCUUCUUCUGGGUUUAGCAAUUCCAGUAUUACAUACAAACCCUUUAAUAGUUCUGCGAAAGUUUCUGGUCAUAAAGCAAUAUAACAAAGGGUUGAUUGCUGAAUUUGCAUGCCCCAAUAGUAGUGUAAAAGGAUACCACUUCAUUAAGCAUUCCUAAAAUGAAGAAAAUGUAUUAACGUCCUAAUGUAAUAAAUAAUAUCUUAUAGAUAUAAAUAUAAUAUAUGUAAAAUAUAAUUCUCCGAUUUAUCAAUCAUAAUAUUAUAAGAUAGCAUUUUAUACGAGUUAGUUUUAAAUAAUAUUGUACAUAUACGUAAUUUUUUAUUCGAGUAUUUUGUAAAACAUUAUGAUCAUUUUGCAUUUAACUUAUAAUUAAUAUUAAAUAAAAUAAAAUAAAUAUUGUAAAAUUAUAGCUACCUGAUCUAAACCAAAACUGUCAAGUUCGAGGUCUAAAUCCAAGAAAAGUGUCAGCAAGUUAUAUGGUAGCCAGCACAUUGCAAAUAUUACUGCUAAAAAAAAUAGUAUUCUUGCUACUCUUCGCCUUUCCCGAACCAUUCUCACCUAAAAUAUUAAAUAAAAAUAUCAAAAAUGUGUAAUGUUAUUGUAGGUACACCAAUAAAGAGAGCAAUAAUUAUGAUAAAAUUGUAGAAAUACUGGGUUUCCCAUGAAGAUCUGUUAAAUGUAAUAACUUUUGUUGUGUUCAAUAUUUUUUCUUGUUUUAUGAGCUUUUUUUUAAAUUGUUAUUGGACCCUUAAGUUAAGAUAAUUCUAUUUAUACUUUUUUUUAAUUAAAAAAAAAAAGUAAAUUUAAAUAUUUUUUGAUUUUUUUUCAAAUUCUAAGAUGGCCAUUUUACUAUAAGUAAAGAAAGUAGAUAAAUAGAAUUUUACAAAGUCUAUUUGUACUUACCAUAAGUAAAAAUGUAUACUUAUGUCAAGCCAUUAAUUUUUUAAACAUUUUGUAAAUUGAACAAAUUUAUUUUUAUUGAAAAAUAGGUCAAUUGAUUGCUAGUAUUUAGUAGUACCAUUAAAAAAAAUUUAAAUUUCCAUAAAUUUGAAAAAAAUUGUAGAAAAUUAGCGACUUAUUAUUAUUAAACAUUUGUACAUAACACCAACAUUUUAAUGACAGUACAUUUAGAAAUAGCUAUUCUGUAUUUUGUGAGCAAUUGAUUUUUAUUUUAAGUUUAAAAAAAUAUAAAAUAUAAGAAUCAUAGUGUUGGGCUCUACUGCUCUAGUAAUUACUACAAAAAACAAAAACUUAAAAUAAUUGAAUAUAAUAAAUGUCAUUGCAUUUGUCAGAUCUUCAUGGAUCACCCUGAAGAAUGAUAACUGAAAAAGCUACAAUCAGUACCUAUAUUAUGUAUAACUAAUGAAAAAAAUAAGUUAAAUUAAGGUUUUUUUUGUUUAGAUAUUUUGUAAUGAAUGUUAUUGAACAGUUGAGUAUAGGAAAAUAAUAACAUACAAUUGGACUAUUUUAAUUGGAUGUUAAGUCUUCACAAACAUAUUUUUAUUGAUUAUUUUUAAAAAUUGAUAUAUAGUUUCUUAAUUUUUCCACGAUUAAAAAUUAGUCAAAAAGUAUUUGGACGUUCUUGGAAAAAGGUUUUAAUAGAUAUUUUUAAAUUGCUAUAAUUAGCUGGUAUUCAUUUCUGUUAUAAAUGAAAAAAACUAAUAAACUGUUCACAUUUAAUCAUGCAAUUAUUGUAAUUGGUUUAUAGGUUUUUAUUAAGCACACAACUUUACAAAUAAACAAUUUCGUUGAAUUUGAACAUGCUUAUAAUUCUAUAUUAUUGUCAAUAACUGUGAAGUGCAUAUAUUUAAAAAAAAUAUUUUUAUAUUUUAUAAUUAGCUAGUCUAUUAUUUAUUCAAAAUUAUUAUUUUUUAACACUAUGAUAAAGUGAUCUGAUGGUAAUUUUUUUAUACUUUGGUACAUAUCAUUAUUUUUGUCUUUAUUUUAAAAUUAUACAAUCACUAAUUUAUAUUUUUAAUCGGUCAUUUUGAUAAUUAUAAUAUAAUUAUAUUAUGUACAAGUUGAAAUGAUGUGAUAAAAAGAGAUAUCGCGUAAUACUACUUCAAAGAGGAUAGAUAAUUGUAUUUGUUUUAAUAUUUUAGAAGUAACAAAUUUCAUGAUCAAUUGCGUUUAAGAUGACAGUGUGGGUUGCUAAGAAGAUUAAGAGAGGAGAGAUUAGAGAUAAAAAGAUUUGGAUGAUUAUUGGUUAAGGUAUUUUUGUAAAAUUGUUGUAGAGGCUGGAUGCAAGAGUGAGGAGUGUUGGAAUACUUAAAUUAUUGUAAAAUGUGUAAUUAUUGGCAUAUUAGGGUGAGUUAGUUUGAAGUUCGAGAUAAAUGGAUUAAAUAGUUUGGAAUUUGUUUAGGUUGUACAGUUUUUUCGAUCCUCAGAAUUGUAUACUGUAGGUCAUGACGGGUCAGAUGAUUUUUUUUAUAGAUAAUGAAUUUGCUAUUUAAACGAAAGAGAUUUCUGGGAAAGGUAAGUAUCAUGUAUAAAAAAUAAUACAGUAUGUAUAUAUGUGUAUAUACUGAGGUAUGAUAUGUAUAAGACGCUUUUAAGACUCAAAAUUGCUUGGAACGGUGCAGACGUAUCUAAAUACGUUUAAGAAAGUCGGUUAUAAGACUUAAAUAUUUUUAUUAAAAUUUUGAAAUAAAUUGGUUUUUAAAAAGUUAUUUGUGUUGAAGUGGUUUCAAUUAAAAUUUUGUUGCACUUCACGUUUAUUGCAAUUAUAGAUAUUGUAGUGUAUACCAUAAAAUACAAUAAAUAAUACAAAGCCGAUUAACUGGUCAAGUUAUUGCAUUUUAAAUUUUCGUAAUUUUUAUGGUUAUAAUUGUAGUAAAACAGUAUAAUUAGAACAAAAUAAAGUAUCUUUUCCCAUUUCACCUAUAAGAUUCAUUCGGUUAUAAGACUCACUUUGUGCUGGUCCCAAAGUGAGUCUUAUAAGCGGCGCUCAUUGUAUACAUAUUUUAAUUAUUAUUUAACCUGUUGGACACUUAUCAUGCCCUGCUGAUCAUCGAAUGGCGGACGUACUGCCCACAGUCUCCUACCCAUUAAUGUGUAGGCUCCAGUUACUAGAAGUCCUGGUGUUGCAUAUACGAGGACAAAACAUAAAACACCUGCAAUUUUAAUUUAUAUACCUAGUUUUAUUAUUAAACAUUUCACUUUUUAAAUAUUAUAAACUAAAAUGUACCAUAUAGGUGUUUAGAUAGUGUUGACUUUGGAUGAGUAAUGCCCCAGUCUUCUAUACACCACGCCAGUCCGUAUCUAUGGACUGCAUCGAUUAAUAUUGGAUCAUCACCCAAUUCUACUGAUUCAGUUUGGCGGACCCAUAAAACAGGACCAAAAAUAACCAUGGACACCAGCCACAAAGCUAGGAUAACCUGUCAAUGUAGAAAAUUAUUUACAGGGUAUAUACAUAUAAGAUAAAUAGUUAUAUUAUAUAUGUAUAUUAUACAAGUUUUAAGUAUAAUAGAUUAUGAUAUUUUUUCCCAUUUACAAUAAAAUUUUAACUAUAUAUACUCAUUAAUGAAUGGCGAAUGCAUAACUACUCGGUAAAAAGUGCCUAGUCAUCAUAUUUAUCUAGGUCGUAUAAAGUUUUAAUAGUGUAAUAUUAGGUACUUUAAAAUAAUCAUAAACAAAUGUAUAGGAAAUCAGUGAAUAAACUUGUAUUCUCUUUUAUUCAUAGGUAAAAUUAUUUAAGUGCAAAUAUUCAAUACAAUCCAUCCAUUUACUCCAUUUGUAAUGGAUUAUUUAUUUUAAGUUCCAAUAAAAUAAACACAACAAAAUGGUAGAUUAUAAUAUUAUUAUAUAUUCAGGCAUUAUUUUUGAAGUUUUAUCUUAAUCUCCACAGCUUAUAUUUAUAUAAUUUAUAAACAUAAUAAAAUACUUUAAAACAUUAUAUUAAUUUUGUUUUUUUUAUCCGAAGUUCUUUAAGUAACGUAAUAAACAUAACAUGUAUACAUGGAUUUUAUCACUUCAACUGCCUCUCGUUGUUCUGGCUGCCCUAACGUCUGACGUAGACAACUUACGUGAAAACGCUUAUAAAUUAUAAUACAUUUUUAUUUUUUAAUCAAAGUUAAAUAUUUUCUUUUUCAUAAUUUUUUCAAUGUAACCACUUUAAUAUUUUGAGUUAAGUAAAGAAACCUUACAAUGACGUAUUUCUUUAUUGUACAUAAGCACUUUAUUGGGUAAAUAUAAUGACAGUUCUAAAAGUUAAAUACUAUAUUUGUAUACACAGAAAAAGUAAAAAUUGAAUACAGAUGGUGGUAUAGUUACUUUAAAAUUAAGUAAAUUUUGAAAUACUAUCGAAAAUCGAAAUGAUACAGACAAUUGUGAGCUAAGUUAUUUUCCAAAUUAUCCUCGAAGAAAAUAUCUUAAAAGUUUGAAUUACUGGUUGAUAAUAUUGAUUAUAUAGACAAUAAUAUAAACAUAAUCGUAUAGUAUUAACUAGUACUUAUACAACAUCAAAACGAAAUACUUGAUCAUUUUUUAUCCCUCAUAGACUUUUUAUAAUGUAAUUUUUUGUUGGAUUUAUUGGUAAUCAAUUUGUUUUUGCAUAUUCUGAGUGGAGCGAGUUGUUUAAUAAAUGUUGAAUGAGUAGUUAGUUUAAAUUUUAAACUAAUAAUUAUAAUAAUAAUUGUAUCUACUUUUAAACUUUAAAAGUAGAUCAUUUAACGAUAUUUUACGAUAAAUUAAUUUUAAAAUUUCAUCAUACAAAAUCAGUUAUAGAAAGUUAAUAUUUUCCGCGCAAAUAUAACAAUUAGAUUAAAUUUAAAUGUGGCUUAAAAUAUGUGUAUACUGAAAUAUUAUAUUCUGAUAUUAAAAUAUUAUUUUUAUACGAAAUUUCGAUAACAACGAGGGACAUAUGAAUAUAUUAUAUUGUACCUAAAUAGUUUGGUCAACGGAUACUUGUUUUUGUGAGUUUUUAAUAUUUAAAAAUGUCUAUUACAAUUUACAAACAUAAUAAUAAAACAAUGCAUCGAAAUCUAUUCAAAUUAUUUUAAAUGAUAAUGCGUGCCAUGAAUAUUGCUUUAAAAGUUAAAAAGUUGUAGGUUUUUAUACCAACAACACAGACUUGAGUGUAAAUACCUAGUUAUUGUAAGCAAAUAUCUUUCGUGUAUUUUUUUUUUUAAUUUUUCUAUUAUUACCAACACCAAUUAGUCGCGUUAAAAAAAAAUCACGAUUAAAUUGAUUAAAAUUGAAGUUGUAAGAUAAUAGUAUUAAAAUAAAAUGUUACGCUCAAUAACUACGGUAAUAAUUGUAGAUGGGUACCUACAUAGAGUUUAAAUAUUUUUCACUUACAUAAAUAGUUGAUUUUCUAUUGAGCACUUUUCUGAACGACAUUGAAUGUUCUAUGGCUAAAUAUCGAUCUAUACUCAUUGCAGCUAUAGUAAAAACACUUGCUCCGACUGAGACACCUGUAAACAAAAUGAGAUUUUAGUUUUAUAAUAAUUAAAGUUUAGAAAAAAAUGUUAUUUUAAUCGUUUUUGUUUUGUUUAAAACAUGUUUUUAUAUUUUUGUAAAUACUAUUUUAUUAUAAUUAUUUAAUUUCAAAAUCCUAGAGUAUAUAGAGGUGUCCUAUCAUAUUAUUCAUAAUGAAUAAUAUGAGGUGAAAAACGGUGGACUAUGUUACCAAUAACUGCCCACUUAACUAACAGACAACGCUAAUAUCCUGCUAUUUUAAAAUCAAUAGGUGAUUGGAAACCUAUUAGAUUUUGCGAGCGAAGUGAUAAAAGGGUCUUUUUGGUGGAUAAAGUUUACGCUACGAUUAUUAUUACAACACAAAUGCAUGUUUUAUUUUUUAAUAAUACAAAUAACACACUAAUUUGAACACUGAAAUUAUUGAAAAUUAAUAUUACAUCAAGACUAAGGACCAAGGCUUUAAGGACUCGUGCGAUACACAAGUUUUAUGAGAAUAUUAUUAAAUAUUAUUUGUAUUAUCCUUAUUGUGGGAUACGCCGUAUGAUAUCACUUAUACGUUACUAAUUUAAUGAGCUUAAAAUUAAUUUUUCCCCAAAUUUUCAUUGGGAUACAUUUGUCGGGGAAAUUGUUAACAGUACAAUAAUUCACACAAUACUUAAAUUCUGGCUCAUCAUAAUUCUAUGUUAAGUAUUCCAAUUUAAUUUUUCAACAUUUGUUUAGUAUAUAGUUAUAUAUAUAUAGUUUUUGUGAGGAUUAUUGAUAUAUUCCGUUAUGACGAAGUCGGUAAAUGUAUAUAAUUUCAAUUAUUGUACGUUUCUACUGUUAUAUUUUUUACUAUAGUGAUUUUAUAAUCCUUUCGAUUUAUUUAUGACAAAUUAAUUAAUCGUUUUUUACUAUGGUAUUUUCAGGGGUGUGUCACAGACAUUAUAUACCUAUACAUUAUACCUACUAAAUGCUAGCGCCCAUGUUUUGUUUGAAUUUUACUUUAAUGUUACAACAAAUAAUUGAUUUAACAUUUAAAUAUUUUACCCUCUUAUUGGCAACUAUUAUGUGUACGAGAACAAAACAAAUAUAUGUUUUGCAGAUUAUCAGUUUUAUAGAAUUAUCUAUAAAUAAAUUUAAUUUGAAAAAAAAAUUUUUAAUCAAAAAACAAGCCGAAAAGUAAAAUCGUGAACUCCUUUAAAUGGGUAUUCGGGAUUACGUGAUUUUCAGGACGCAAACCAGUAGAAUUCAGAAAUUCUAAAAUAUAUUAAUGUAUACAUUAUAUGAGUUGGCACGUAUAUUUAUAAUAACGUUGGAUAAUAUUUUACUACUUUUACUGUUCCAUAAAGUAUUUAUUGAAUAAAAAAGCAUUGUUAGCCUUGAUUUAUCGUUGCAUACAGAUAUAAUUUAAGUAACUUUAUGUAAGUAACUAUGUAUUCUAUACCUUCUCUACUUUCUUAUACAAUAGUAUAACGUUCAUCAGAAGUAUCAGAUAUUUUUAUUAUUUAUUUGGUUUACCCUAUUCAGUUCUAAAAUUAGGUUAAUAUUUUAUGUAACUUUAAUUAUAUUUAUUUUAUUAGAUUUUAUGUAUAACAAAGAAGUUAUGAGUUUUUCUAUGUGUGUUCUUUUUUCUGGAAAACACUUUUAGAUUCGGAGUUCAGCGAGGAAUGUAUUGGUUUUAUAAUGAUGUUUAUUAUUAUUUUUUAUUUUUUUUAAACUGUGAACAACAUUACUUUUCUAUUAAAAAUCUUAUUCCGAUGUAUUAUGUGUAGCAUUUUUCUGAAAGAAUAUUUUAUCUACUUGGUACUUUAGGGGGGUACUAUUUUGAUUUUCCAAGUGGUUUUCAUAAUAAUUGGUAAACGUAGGUAUAAAUGGAGAAAUAUUUACGUCAUAACGAUUUCAUGAUUUUAAAUUUUUGUAACUUACGUUUUCUCCUAGAAAUCUUGCUUCAAUAAAAAAAAUGACCCAUUUGAAUUAUGCAGUUUGAAUUUUUAUUUUUAUAUAGAUUAGUCACACCAUACCUUAAAAAAUCGCGAUUUUUUAUCCGUUAGUACUUUAUUUGAAAAGAGUUUAGGUUCUCAGUAGUUUGUCUAUAAAGUUUAAAAAUAAACAAAGUCUCAUUUGGUUUUAUAAUUGCUAAUUUCCGGGUUACCUUGGUUAUAGGUCAAAAAAAAAAAAAGAAGUCUAUUUAGUCUACUAGUACUACUCUACUCAAAAUUGUUUUUUUUGUUUUAUGAUUUAUGGUUACAUAUUAUAUGUAAAUUAAACUACUCUGUACUUUUUCAGCUAACCAUAUACAUUAGUUGCGUAUCCGUAAACAGUAUAAACAGUAUUAAGUUUUUAUGCUUAUUUUAAAAAUAAUAAUUGAAAUAUUUAUAUGUUAUAAUAUUUAUUUUUAACUGAAGAACGUAGACAAUAAUGAUUUGUAAAGGUUUUCAAGAACUCUUAGAAGUGAAUUUCUUUGUGUUGUUUGAUGAUAUUGGUUUGUUUAUCUCCCUUCAAGUGUGCUAAUCUAUUUCAACUUGCAAUAGUUAUACUAAAUUUAUACAAUAGUCUAUAAUGUCCUCUAGUCUUUGGUACUCGCACAAAUAAAAGUUAUAUAAAACAAUGUUUUCAGUUUUUAUUUCGAUGGAUUUAAUUUCAAAUUGAAGGAAGAUUCAUAUAAUAAUGAAGAAUACUUAAAUUUGAUAAAAUCUGUUUAAAAAUAAUUACAUUUUCGCGAGGAGAAAGUGUGGUUUAGUGCUUGCGAUAUUGUAUGUUAAAAACUUCAAUUAUUGCUAAUUUAAUUAAUGAUCUGUAUAUUUUAUCUUGCCCUUAUAUUAUCCUUAUACGAGAAGUUUUAUAUGUAAUUAUAGAUAUAAGUUUGUAUGCGUUUAAAUACUAAUUUCUACAAACUAAAAAUAUUUAGCACCAUUUAAUUAUGAGCCUCAAGUAAAGUCAGCGUAAACCGAUGGGAUUUAAAUAUAAAACUUUAUAGUGUUAACUAAAAUUAUUAUCGAUAACUAUUGUUUUUAUUCGUAUGGAAAAACUCUGAAGAUAUUAAUAUUACAUUUACACAUUCAUUAAAUGGGGUCCCCUUCUUGUCUAAAGUAAAAUGAUAGGUCCACUUUAGUUUUAAGUCUUUAAUGUUCAGAUUGGAGGGUUGGUGUGUUUUAAUUAUUGUUGUUGAAGUGCAAUGAAGUACAAACAUAUUAUUUAAAAUAAUACCGAGUUAACUAAAUAUCAACUUUAAAAAAAAUAAAAUUAUAUUUGAGUAAAAAGAACAUGAAAUUAUAGCCUUGCAUUAAACUGACAACCAGCAAGGUAAUAGUGGUUGUGUUUUUUUUCAAGUGUAUAGCAUCUUUUCUGAAAGCAAAUUUUAUUUUGUUGGUGGAUUUUAGAGUUUACUUUUUGAUUUUUCUUGCAGUGUUCUUAAUAAUUGGGAAAAAACCGUUGGAAAAACAGAAAAGUUUACGGUAAUAACGAUUUCAUUAAGUAUUGAGAAUUUUUUUUUUUUUGUUUUAAUUCUGUUAAAAAUAAUAGAACAUUUUCAUAGAAUAUAAGUAUAUUAGCCUUUUUUAGACGUAACAAAAAUUUCAAAAUAUGAUGGCGAUUUUUAUUUUUUAAUUUUGUUUCUGUAAUAAGAUUAAAGUUUAACUAGUCUGUAGUUUUGUAUAGGUAUAAUAAUUAGAUUCAACUUGUGAUGUUCAAGACAUGAUAGUUUUAUUUUGUAUUUUUAAUGAACUAUUAAAAAUUCACCACUACAGUUUUAUCAAAAUCCGUUAACACCGGCUACUUUAUUUUUACUGAACAAGCAUACAUGCAUACACACGGCGAGAUGUGCGAUUUACGCGUAUGUUUUGUGAGUUUAUUUUAAAACUAUAUUCGCGCACUAUUUUUACGAUUAAAUCAAUGUCUGCGAGGGAAAAACUUUUCGAAAGUCCCGACUCCGAGGGUUUGCUGGAAGUCCGGUUUGAUUUAUAGUGUUCGGGACCGCUCCUAGGUUUUCGGCUGAUAUUAUAUUCCUCUCCUCCACUUUAAUUACCGACUAUACUAAUACGAGCGCGUGCAAUAAAAAAAUAAAUAAUAACAAAACCGUAGCGUGUCGUGCGUUUGUGUUUCGCGUGCCGAUUAUUAGUGCGUCAUAGAAAAAAAAAAAAAAAAAAAUGUAAGCUGAUAACGGGCAGCGAUAUUGGCGAGGGGGGGGGGGAGACUGAUUCGAUAAUGUACGUCGGUUCAUCAUCAUAAUAUUACCACUAAGUCUACGUUACGGGCCACGGUAUCACGCGGUGGUCGUUCAGUCGGCCGGUCGUUAUUGUGCGCGUGUUCGAGUGGUAUCGACUAUUGCCCAACCGCCGACAUAACACACAUUGUACGCACGCUCACGGCGUUACUGGGACAAUAACAACGUUGUUGUCAUUACGACCGCGAUUAUCGCAAUCGUCUGAACCGAAUACCCGUUCAUACCGCGCCGGCGCAUUACCACAGUCGGUCGGCACACUGCUCGCAUUUGUAUAGGUAUUAAAACGAUUGCGAUGUUUGCGUUGCGGCCGUCGCGUCCGCGGUCGAACUCCGCUGCGGCCAUCGCCGCGUACCGCAGCGCCUCGUCGUCGAACGUCGGCGUCGGCGGUCGUUCGAGACCGCUGAACGGCGUCCGGGUGGUGGACAUGACCAGGGUGGCCGCGGGACCGUACUGCUCGAUGAUCCUGGCCGACAUGGGGGCGGACGUGAUCAAAAUCGAGAGGCCCGGCACCGGGGACGACAGCCGCAGUUUCGGACCGCCGUUCGUGGACGUUCGCGGCCCGUCAAACGACGACCGUUUGAGCUUGUACUUCGUGGCGUUGAACCGGAACAAGAGGAGCGUUUGCGUGGACUUUCGGCGGCCCGAAGGCAGACGGAUCGUCCGGGAGUUGGCCGGCCGGUCUCACGUACUCGUCGAAAACUACGUACCCGGCACGUUGGAUAGGUUAGCGAAUUGACUCGGCAGCGGGCUGAUUAUUGCGCGUGGAUUUUUUUUUUUGGCGCAUAGAAUAAUGUUUCGGCGUAUAAACGCUGAUACAAUCGAAAUGAAAUUUUCAGUAAAACAUUUUACAUUUGACAUUUUAAAAAUGCUCCGGGUUUUCCACGACGUUCCUAAAAAGUUAAGAAUUUUUCACCCGGCAGUAUUUUAUUCGAAAACAUUUUUCAGACGCCUUAUAGUUUUUCUAAAAAAUUACCAUUGUUGAUUUCCCCAUUUUACCUUAUUUAUUGGCUACUAGGGGCGAAACUCCCAAGGGGAACACAAGUUUGCCGAGUCCCAUUCAGAAUCAAUUUUUGAUUGCAACGAUUUAUCGCUGUUUUCAACGAAUAUGAACCAAAUCACUUUAUAUUCUAUACAUUUAUGGUAUACUACCGAUGGUAUAGCGGACUGUGAUGCGAUUUACGUCUGUCCUUUUAUACAAAUUGUUUUCUAAUAAUAAAUAAACGUAAUACCGUUGUAUUGUUUAAGCAUCUACUUGUAAGUCGUAUUUUGUUAUGUUUCUGUAAACGACUUUUCCACCAGACAUCUUGCUCAACAAUUUUCAGAGACUUCAUUGUGCGGGCAUUUUUAGUCUUGUUGGUGCGUUGCAGAGGUCAUUUUUUAAUUUUCGUUGUAGUUUUUUUGUUACAGUUUAUUUUUUUUAUGAGGGGGGGGGAGGUUAAAUUGUUUUUACUGGGUAGCAUGACCACAUUAUAUUUUCGGUCAAAGGCAUUUAUAGACGAUUUUGUUUUGUUUUGUGGCGGGGCUUAACGCCCCUAUAAUACUUAUUGUACAUACUUAGUAAUAACUCGAUAAUAACGACUCCGUAUAGAGACUAUAAGACUUGACUGAGUUUCGGGUAACUUGGUCUAAUCCAGUUCCCCCACUUUCAUUAUGUUUUCACGUCUCAUUAUUAUAUCAUUAUGUAUAUAAACGAGAUUAACAAGGUUAGGUGGAGCAAGUAUUAUUAUGUAUAUUUACCGAUUCGGAAUUCGAAUACACAAUAUCGGUGAAUUAUAUUGGUUUUGCGCGCAAACGAACGAAUGCAUAUACUUUUUGAUAAUAUUACAUUCUAUCCAAUUUCUAUGGAGUUUAGAGUAAUUAACGUGUUUACUGUUUUCUACACAUACGGUGUUGUUUGAGGCGGUGUUGUAAUAAAUCGUCGGGAUCGAUAAACGUCGAGCGUUUUAUUUUGUUUCGUUAAAACUAAUUAAUUAUAUUUUAAGAAAAUGCGGUAAACCGCAUACCUGAAUGGAAAACUCUAAAAGUUAAAUUAGAAAGUAGUAGACGAAUAUUUCGAGCGGAGUAGUACUUUUUCCUUUGUUGCUAUAAGGUAACCCGGAAAUCAACAAAAAUCGAAACAACAAAUUUCCCGUUUUUCCGACGUUUUAUUUUUCGGAUUAUUAUGAGAACUAUCAAUAAAAUCAAAACAUUUUCCUCUAAAUGUAUUUGCAACUAGAUGAAAAUUGCGUUUAGAAAAGAUGCUACACUACUUGAUGAUCGAAUUCAAAUUUCUAGUAGAAAAGUUGUUUACAGACAAAAAAAAUAAAGUAAGAAAAACACACAUCGUAUCAAACAAACCAAUAAAUUUCUUUCUACACUGUCAAUUUAAAAAUUAUCGUACUGAAGGUAGGGAUGGUAAUAAACUAUCGAUACUUAUUUGAUACAUCGAUGCUUGAAGCUGAAAUGUUUGACAUCGAUGUUAAUGGCUUUAACGAUUUUUUAACUUCGAUGUUUGCUUAUAUUUGGUGUUCACGAGUAUUCUUACACACAAAUGGACGAAUUAUGAUUUUUGGAGGCUGAUUGGCCACUUAUUGAUACUUGAGGUUUGAAUGUUGAGUAAUAGGUAUUAGGUUCUGAAUACCUCAUUAAUGUACCCAUGGAAAAGAGCUAGUAUUUCCUCUAUAUUUCAAAAUGACGAUGUUUUCUAAAAUCAAAGAUGCUUUCCCAAAUACAACGAUGUUUUUGAUAUAGAUUUUUAUUUAAACUUUCGAAAUUCUCAACGUCGGUGGUUUGAAAGAGACACAUCUAUACAUCCUAUUACCUAUAGGUUAAUUGUGUAAUUUCAAAAUAUUUAUUUGAAACUAUGUCUCCGUCUUGGCACAUUCUUACUUUUCUUCUUCUCUGAUUUCUAGCUCUCUAAGGAUGAAUCUUAGCUAGGCCUUAGAAUUUGAAAUAAUACAUUUUGUACAAUAUUGUUUUAUUUUGUAAAUCAGUUUUAAUCAGCUUGUUUGGUAAAUCAGUGGUGCCGAUUUAUAAAUGUGGAGGUAUCGCGGCCGCAAUAUCUAUUCUUGUUAAGUGGUGGUGGUCAGUGACACAUUUUAUUUAAAAUAUUCACAAGUCUAUAAUAAUAAUAUUACACAAUAUCCAAAUAUUUCAAUAUAUUUUUUUGGUAAAUUUGCAUAUGCAUGCGAUAUGUUUUAAAAUUCUGGGUCACCGAUGAUUACAAUAAUUAAUGGUACCCGCGACCAUAUUAUUAUAUAGAGAAGAGAUCAAUGUAAACAUCGUCAACCGCAUAUAAUAUAUUGAAAACAUUUUUAAUUUGUGAUUCAACAAAAUAUAAUAUUAUACCUAUGCGCUCUACAGCGUGUAUGUAUAAAAAUGUGAUAAUAUUAUAGUUAUUGCGACUCUACAGGGUAACUAAAAAUUUUAAUAUUAACAGAGAUAUAUAAAUCCAUCGUUCACGGUAGAGACACCCUGUACAUUAUAUUAUAACAUGAAAGUAUACAAAUAACAAAUAACAAAUAUAGUUCAAAUAAUUGUUCAGGGAAAAUAUUUUGAACGUACUUCAUUGUACUUCAACGUUAUUAUAGUUGAUUAGUGCAGGGUUAUAAAAUAAAAAAUAAAAAAUUAAUAAACCGUAUAGAAAAGUUUUCAUUCGGUAGUAUUAUGUGUUUCUGUCGCAGAGUUUAUUAUUAAGGGAACAUAAUUAGUUAUAGGUAUACAUUUAUUUUUUUUUUUCAAUUAGGCGUAGAUAUUAAAAGCUUACUUCAAAGGUUAUUUAUUUUUUAACACAUUUAUAUAAGCAUAAAUUCUGUAAAUAUUGUUUUUUCAAGCAUAAUUCAAAACAUAAAUUAUGACCCAACACAAUGCAUUCGAGCGAAACAAAUAAAUUAGCCGAGAUGAUAUUUUUUCUCGUUUAAAAUUCGGUAUUCUAGUCUAUAAUAUUAUCUACAAUAGGGUGUUCCUUAACUAUAUAGUAUAUGAAAAAAAAAAUGUAUCGACAUAUUUUUAGUCUCGUCUCCUAUAAAUAUGAAGUACGAGAAAUUGUCGGUCAAUUAGAUAAGGUCAUCCCGUGCUGACUUAAAAGUGUAGAUUUUACGUUAAUAUCGAACAAUAACUAUUUUUUUUAUCAUGGUCGAAAAAAUAGCAUUUGUACAAGUAAUUUAGUAAAAUAUUACGAUUUUUUUUCUAUGGACAACUUUUCUACUAGAAACUUUGCUCCGAUUCACAAUAAUAUCAUUUUCUCUGCAAGGAAAUCUGACUGGGAGGGUAAUUUAAGGAAGUCAUUUUUCGAUUUUUCAAGAGUUUUCCCAGCAAAUGUGAAAAACCAGGAAAAAACAUGAGAAAAACGGGAAAAUUAUAUUAAACAAAUAUUAUUAAAGAUAAUAUAUAAUGCCUAUUUAAUUAUUUUAUCAUAUUAUGACACACAUAUUAAUGACAAUGCAACUAAACUCUGCUCAGAAUCGAAUUUUCGUUAGCAACGGUUAAUGGUUAGCAAUGGUAUCGUUGCUUACAGGUUUACAUUAACUUACCUAUAACAGUGACUGCACCCGACUUUUUUAUAAAUGCACAUUAAAUAAAAUAUAUGAUUAGACUUUAAGACCGAGAAUUUUUAUAUUGUAUCAUUUUCGCUUAAGAUUUGGCGUUUAAUCAAAUCGUGAACAAUAACAAUAAUUAUAUUAAGAAAAAAAACAAAAAUAAUAAUUAUAUAAUUUUUUUUUUCUCUUUAAAACGUCAUUGUUUUAUAAAUCAAAUCAUUUGAAUACGCCAUCAUAGCGCACUUUUUGGCGAUUUUGGUGAUAAAUAGUAUUUAUAAACGGUGAUUUCGAAACCGCUCUUUUUGAACUGCCGUUAUAAUAGUCACUGCAAUCUUUCAAACAUCAUAAUGACAUUGUGCGUGCGUAAUGAAUUAUUUUAACCGCAGGUACCAAUCGCCAAAAUACGCCAUUUUUUUAACGGGGUUUUCUUUUUUCUUUUUUUGAAUUUAAUCAUGAUAUCAUUAUAAUAAUAUAUAGGCACGGAAUCGGAUACGACGAUUUACGCGAAAUCAACGAGAAAUUGGUGUACUGUUCGAUAACCGGUUACGGGUCCAAGGGCCCGUGGAAACAGAAACCGGGUUACGACGUCAUCGCAGCCUCGAUCGGCGGUUUGAUGAACGCCACCGGUGACGAGACACCGUCAAAAGUGGCCGUGCCCGUCACCGACCUGAUGACCGGAAUGUACGCUCACGGCGCCAUUUUGGCCGCGCUGUACCGCGGGAUCGGCGAGAAAAUCGAUUGCGAUCUGUUGUCCACGCAGCUCUCCAUGAUGAUCAAUUUGGGAUCGAACUAUUUGAACGCAGGUACCUACCCAUUAUAAUGCGCGGUGGCGCACUCACGGUUUUUGUUUUUCUGGCGGCGUGUUCGUGUGGUGAUGACGACGACCGACACGAAUAUCCGCCUCGCCCAUUGUUUUCCGUUCUAUGCAAUAUACGCGGCGUAUUCUAAACCAGGGGCGUCGUUUCGGGUUUUCUUUUUGGGUGUGCGAGGUUUUUAAGCCGGUCGUUGCGAAUAGUUUACCGAUGCCGUACAAAGAUAUACACGAAUACCAAUAUGUUUACUGUUAUCCUGUUUUUGAUCGUUUCGAUAUUGUAGAUCACGAAUCAUAAAUAAAUAUAUAAAUAAAAAAUAAAAUAAUUAAUGAAUGCGUCGCCUGGAGUAUUAUUAUAUUAAGUGUGUUAUACGACCGGUUUCGAAUUAAAAAUUCAUCAGCAGGUAUAUCACAGUCAAAAUGUAAAACGCGACUGAAUAUAAAAAAUUAAAUUGGUACAUGGAAAAAAAAAUUAUAAGAAUUUGGUCGUUUUACAUAGAAAUAAUUUAUUUUAAUAGGAGAGAUUAUUUAAAAUGGGUUAUUAUUAGACAUAGAUAUGCUAAGAAGUAUAAAUUAUUUGGUUAUUAUUUAUUAUCUAAAAUGUAUUGAUAUAAGACAUAAUUUUUAAAAUCGGUUUGAAUAUUUAAAGUAUUAUUAAAAUUAUUUUUCUUUAUUUCAUAAAAUUAUCUAUGUCUAACCCAUUUUAAAUAAUCUCUCCUGUAUUAAAAUAAAUUAUUUCUAUGUAAAACGAGCAAUUUGUACAAUUUUUUUUCUAUGUAUUUCUUCAUUUCAUUUUUUUAUAUUCAGUCGCGUUUUACGUUUUGACGUUGAUAUACCGGAUGAUGAAUUUUUAAUUCGAAACCGGUCGUAUAAUACACUUAUCGUAAUUCUCUAGGCGACGCAUCAUUAAUUAAAUAAUUUUUAAUUUUUAUUUAUAUAUUUAUUUACGAUUAGUAACCAUUUUAAAAAUUUUAUUUUGCUUUAUUAUUUUAUUAAUCAUAAAUAUUAAAAGAUAUUUAAAAUUUGAAAAACAAUAAAUAAUUGAUACGUUUUACCUGUGAAAGCCAAUAAGUAAUGAAUACAAAUAUUGAAGAUGAUAAAUGUGACAAAAAAAAAAAAAAGAAGCAAACCGCUCUAGUAAAAAAAAAAUUGUAUAUAAGAGAAUAUCGGCUAUUUUUAAGUCCGGCAAAUACAUCUACAGGUUUUUCUAAAUCGAUAUUAUUUUCUUUUUCUAUUUCAACAUUUACCACCACAAGAUCAUUUAGCCUUUAAUCACCGCCCAUGGAAAUGCGGAAAUAUGAUUCUACAUUUUUAAGCGAUGAAAAAAACCUUUUUUUUGAUGCCAUUGUGAUUGGUAAAGUUUUUAUUUAUAGCUAACUCGUUAUACACCGAGAUACUAAACGAUACUAAACGUUGACGCCAGCCGCCUUAAUAUACGCGUGGUGUUCAAUGUUUACAAUUUUCAAUGGCGAUUGUUAUCGUUCGUUAUCAUUUUAUCACACGUGUUUUAUCUUUUUAUAUUAUAAAUUGUGUUUUAUAGUCCGUUUUGUUCUUCUAUUUAUUUUCUGUUUUAAGAUCGUGUUGUGAUGUAUUUUAAUUAUUUUAUACAUAAUAAAUAUUUAUCUUCCAUUCAAUAUUUCCUUUACAGCCUCCAAAAAGUCAAUGCUAUAAAUUAAUUACAUUUUGAUACCGUUAAUGGAAUCGACCAGAAAACUAUGAAUAUAGAAUACGCAUCCUGUUUAACUAUAGUAAUUUAUUACUAUAUACUUAUUAAAGUCAAAUUAAACAUCAAGCACAACAUAGUAUAACAUCAUUUAUUGUCAAUGUGUAUUGAAUAUUGAUAAGUAAUUUAUAAACAUUGAGUACCACGCAUUUGGUGGUUGGUAUCAAAUGAAAACGUCAGUUAACUAUGUAGUAUUCUAUAUCUAUUAUGACAUCCCUUCAAAAGUCUCUCUGCGUCUGGCCCGCUCUUCCUGCACCACAUUUCCUAUUCUCAUGUACAACACUAAUUGUGGUUCAAACAAUCUAAUUCGCCGCAUGAUGCGCCUUGCUAACGUCCACCCUUCGUUUUUAUACUAAUUUAGAUCAGCGGUUUUCAACCUUUUAUGAAUCGCGAUUCUCUAAUUUUUUUUUUCAUUUAUGACGACCCCCUCAAAAAUCGUUUAACAGAAUUUGAAAACACAAUGUGCACUGUACAGUAUGUAUUUAAUACUAUUAUGGUUUUGUCGACCCCCUAACUAUCACUCGUGACUCCUAGGUUGAAAACCACUAAUCUAGAUACUUAGUUCCGUUUCACUUCCUCUGACUUGCUGCUUGUAUGUAUAAUUUACUUACUUAUACUGUAAUUUGGGCCAAGCCCGUUUUAAAUAAAAUAAAAUACCAAUCUUGUAAAAUUGUAAAGAAUAAUUGAAUUUUGAGGUCGGAAUACGUAUUCGAAUAAAUGAGUAAAAAAGUUUUCUGAAUAAGUUUAAAAAAAUGUAUUCAGCAUAAUAUACAUAAUAUAUUCGAAUAUUUUAUAAAGUAUUUGAAUACUUUUCGAAUUUUCUUUUUUCAUAGAAUUAAUUUAAUUUAUAUCAGUUUCAGAAGAACAGUUUUGAAAUUAACGUUUUAUGGCUCAAUAUUUUAUUAAAUAAACUGAUUACUAAUUAGUAUAACAAAGCAAUUAAAUAUUAUGCCAUUAGGUAGUACCUAUAGGCCAGUUCUUAAAUUUCGAUUAAAAAUAAAAACUUUUUUAGUAUUUUAGUAUGUUCAUAAAACAUUAAGUUGCUGUAAAAAUCUAUGAUUUGAGAUUAAAAAACUAUGAGUAUUAUUGGUUUCGGAAGAAAAGUACUUUUUAGUAAACAAAAAAAAUUCAGAAUUCUUAUUUGAAUAUCUUUUCUCGUAAAAUAGUGUUAAAAAUAGUAUACGAAUACAAAAAAAGCAUUUAAGUGUAUUUAUUUCAAUACUUUAAAACACUGCAUAAUACUUAUUAAAAAAAAAAAAAACAAACAAAACAUACUUAAUAAUAAUAUCAUUACGCUCAGAAUCUAAAAAAGCAAAAUAAUUAUAAUAUAUAAUAUUUAGAUACUAUUAUUAGAAAAAAAAAAAAAAUACUAAUGAAAAACUCGUAUGUAGGUGGGUAUAUGUGGGUAUAAUCACUCGGGUUCAAAUAUAAUCGAUUUGUAUACAUUGAAUAAUGACUUAGUUGUUUGCAGGCGAUUACAUUAAUAUAUAACUUUUUUUUGGCAUUGAGGUGAUACAAAUAUAUCUACUUUAAAAUGUCUAUAAAGUCCAGUUAGCAAAUAUUAUCGUCAAUGUAGUAUUUUUAUGGUCGAGAUGUAAUACGUUGACUUUGUAGCACCAGAUAGACACCAAAGAAAAUAUCGGAGUAGAAAAAAACAUUGUUGGAGCAAAAACAAAUACAAUCCAAAUGAAAAAGCAUUAACUUUCAAUCCGAGUAAACUCUACACUCGUACACUUUUUAACGACGAGAAGGCUAUGGGAAAAUGGAUUUUAAAAAUAGUGUUAUUAAAGCAUUACGUGAACUACUAUGAAAGCAAAUCUUGAAUCAUGUGGAAUUCCCAUGUCUAAAUAGAAUUUCAGCGAAAUGGUUAAAUGUCAAACUAAAAAAUUGGCUCCAGCAUCGUCGGGCGGGAGGGUUAGUAAUAUAAUAUUUUCAAAAAGGGAUAUUUAGUUUCAUUAUAAUUGACAGAAAACUAAUAGGCUUAUUUAAUAAAUCAUAAUAUACUUAUAAAUAAAUGUAUAAAUCAAAUAUUAUAUGAUAUGCAUGUUUAAAUCAUUUUAACGAAUAUAAAAAAAGAGCGUAUACUGCUGAUGUGUGUGCCACUGUGUUAGGUGCGAAGUUGGGACGUCAGUGGAUUUUUAAUUGAAUAAAAAUAAAAAAAAAAACAAAACUGAAAAUAAUACAUUUUGUACAUUUUUCCGAUUUUAUUACGUUUUUUCUCAGUUCUUAUCAAUUAUUAAAAACCACCUCGGAAAAAAAGAAUUGAAAAAAAUACCGUGUAGAUAAAAUUUCUUUUCAGAUAAUAUACACUUGAUAAAUCAGAGUAUAACUUUUGAAGAAAUUGUUUACACAGUAUAUAAAAAAAAAAAUGUUAUGAAAGGUCAUAAUAUUUACGAUUUUCGUAAAAACACUAAUAAAAAAAAAUAUAUUUCCAUAAACUUAAUUUUUUUUUACUAAGUAUGACUUAUGAUGUACCUUCUGUGAAAUUUUCAAGCAUUUUUGUUUAGUCUAACAAUUUUAUCCACAAACUACCUAUCAAAAAAAAAUUAGUAAAAACUUACAAAAUUAAAAUGUUUAUAAAUAGCUUACAAAUGGCUCAAAUGUUUUGAAAAACACAGGUUUAGAGAAAAAAGAUUAUAAGUUUUCUGUUCAAGUCUCGACAAAUAUUUUUAACUGAAUAAUUUAUUGUUUAAAAAUAACAAAAAGAUUAUUUUUGUAAAUGUUCCUGUAGUUUAUUUAUUUUCGGUUUUGCUGAAUUUUUAAAAAAAACUAUAAAGGAAAUUAAAAAAUGACUUUCUUACUCACCAACUCGAUUAAAAGUUCAACAAAUAAGAUCACUUGUUGUUUUUAUAUCACAGCAAUAUUUUUGGUAACAUAAGUUAAAUAUUUAACUUAAUGAAAUCGUUGCGCCGCAAUUUGAAAAAAAUCGUACUUUUUGUAUUUUUUGGUUUUUCCCUAUUAUUAUGAAAAAAUACUUUAGGGAUUUCAAAAAUGAUGUUCUUUGAAAUUGAUUUCUUAUCAUUUUUCGAUUAAAGCAAUAUUUCGGGUAGAAAUCACCGUGUAAAUAAAUAUUAAUAGCGUUGAAAACGGUAUCACCGCGGUACGCCGUAAAUAUUUGCUAUAUUACCUAUAAUUUCCUUUCCAGUUUUUCUAAUUAUUUUGAAAAUCUCUUGAAAAUCAAAAAAUAACUUCCUCAAUUCAUUUACUAGACAAAAUGUCCGCUAAAAGUUCAUACUUGGAGUUUCAGCUAGGCGCAUAUAGCAAACUUAAAUCUCACUCUGCUAUUUUUAUCUGUGUCCUAUAAUAAUUAGAAAACGCUAUAAAAUCCAAGCACUGCUAAUGAAUUAUGUUUAUAAAAAAAAUUAAAAUAAUAGAUAUCAAAAACAUUAUAAUUUCGUAUUUUUUUUCUAAUUUAAUUUAAUCGAAGAUAUUCUCAUUUCCUCCACGGGCUAUUACAUCACAUAUUAAAUAAUUAUUGAUUCGAACUUUACACUAUUCAUAUAACUUCAUAAACCUAAUCAAAAUACUUGUUAUUGAGGUUGAAUCGUUUAUUAUAUAAUAUAGUCAUAUUUUCGGUUAAACCUCUGACCUGGUCAGAGUUCAUCAUACAGCUGCAGGUUAAUAGAUAUAUAAUUUUCGUUUAUUCGCGGUUUAUCGUUUCCGGUGCUUUAAAAUUACAUUGCUAAAUAGUAUUAUGAUCUGGAAUCGUAAAAUUAAUUUGAUUAUUUUAUUAAGAUGAUGCCAUACCCGUGUGUGCUAUUUCCGUAUUAGAAACGUAUGACAGCAAAUUUGGGUUCAUCAGGGAUAAGGAAAACUUUGUGGUGUUAGAUUUAAUAUUAUAGUGAAUUGACCUAUUAUCUAACUUAAAAAUAAGACAAUAAUUGUUUAAUUGUUGAUAAUUAUUAUCAACAAGAUUUGAACAUAUGAACAUUUGAAAUACCACAAUUUACAAAUGCUAUAAUAAAUAAUUAAUUAAUUCGUCGUAGUAAUGUUUUUAUCUUUAAGUUUUACUAUGGUUUAGCCUAUCGGUAAGCCGGGAAAUUCACGGUGGGCCCCCCAAUGGGGCCCUAGAAUUACCCUUGGUAAAGACGGCACAAUGGACUGAAUGGAAACUAUUGGUUUAUCUAUAAUGGAUCCAGGAGGCAUGUUAGUUCAUGUACGAGGUCAAUAAAUAAAAAUAAAAAAAACGACCUAUCCGCCCAUAAUUUAUUGUAAGACAUAAACAGCACAUAUUAUUGUGGUCGUGCAUUCCCAUUCACGUUCCUAAGCUGACAAAUGCAAUGCAUUCUAAUUUAUUAUUUAUUGUCUUCGUAAUGAAUUGAAUAUGCGUAUCAUAUUCAUAUUAAUAAAAUUUGGAAUACAUUCUAAAAACAAAAUUAGUUUGUCAAAAUAUUGUAAAUAAAACAAAAAGAUUUUAUAAGUGUAUGUUUCCUAUAAAUUAUAUAUAAAUCGAAUAUAACUAUUACUAAUAUGUAGAGGGUGUGGCGUAUAUCAUUGUACUUUAUUUUCGGAAUUCUAUCAUUUGCAUUCAUAUGAAAUGAAUGAAUUCGAAAUCACCGUUCUUUAAAAAGAAAGGUAAUCGCACCAUGAAUGCGUUCUUCUAAAAAGGAACUAAAUUCAAUGAGCGUAUUCCUAUCAGCGGCGGUAAAACCAUUUGGUCAUGGGAAGGGGAGGGGUAAGGAUCAUCUUUUAACAAUUAUUAUUAUUUACAUAUAACUUUUGUUUAUAAAUAUUGAUGAAAAACGAGAUUCGGGUGAUAUAUUCUCUUAUUCACUCUCCCCCCCCUCCCCAUUUGAUCACCACUACUUCCAAUAAAUAAAUCCAUUCCAACUUUGAUUACUCUAUAGUGAUUAUUUUAUAUAGGUAUGCAUACUAAACGAUGGGGGACCGAACACGAAAGCUUGGUGCCUUAUAAAGCGUUCAAAACGUCGAACGGUUUUCUCACUUUGGGCACGGGCAACGACGUACAAUUUCGAUCUUUUUGCGACCGUAUAUCGAUUCCGGAAUUGGCUGCGGACGAGAAGUAUGCGACCAACGCGUGUCGCGUUAAGAACCGAGAACUGUUGUACAAAGUUAUCGAACCGAUUUUAAAAACGAAAACCAACGAAGAGUGGAUGACGAUUUUUGAGGGAGUGCCGUUUCCUUGCGGUCCAGUCAACGAUAUGGCGCAAGUACGAUACGUUUUUUUUUUUUUUUAUAUACUUAAAAGAACUUGCUACCACUCGUAAUUUGACUGUAAAAUCUGUUUUACACAGCUAAAACUACAAAAAAAAAAAAAAAUAAUAAAAAAAACACUGUUGUUUAAAAACUCUUGCUAAAACUACUACAAAACAUUGUUUUUUUUUUCGAAUAUGUAUGGGAAAAUACGAACAAAGAUAUUCUACGUGUUCAUUAAUAUUUUUGAUUACUUUACAAUUUUCAGCGAUUCCAUCUUUGCUCGUAUAUAACUAUUAUAAUAUUUUGUAAGUUAUUUCAAGUGUUUGGCUCUGAAUGCACUUUAUCUAAAUUACGUGUUACUCGUUUCGGUUUUAUUUUUUCUUUCACUUGACGUUCUUGGCGAUAUAAUAAUAUUUUCAUCAGAAAAAAAAAACUAAAACUUUCGUAUAGGUAUAGUAAAGUUAUGCUAUACUACUUGGAUAUAUGUUUGAAAAUUUUCGUUCACGUGCGUUUAAUAUUUUAGCUUAUAAUUAUAAAGUUGGGAUUUAAUCUAAACCCAAAAGAUAAUGUUUUGGUAUACGCACUCCGAUUAUUAUAUAUAUCUAUAUUAUGUAGUAAAUGCAUUUUCAUAAUAAUUAUUUUUCUCUUUUAUUAUCACAAACAGUGUUUGAAUUUAGGGGCUUUAAUUUCGGAACCCAAAAAAAUCGUUCAAAACGUGCUAUUUUCCUGGAGAUAUAAUAUAGAUUAAACUAAUAAAAAAAUAAUUAGAACUAUAAUAAUUGAAACUAUAACUCGGAAAUAUUAAACGAAUAAAGAUGCAUACAUGUGCCAUUGUUUGCACUGAUUAAAAUACGACUAAAAUGUAUAGAAUAUCUUACAAAUUUUGAAAAUCCCAAUGUUAGUUGAGUAAGUACGGUUAAUUUCAUUAAACUUCUAACGAGACCCUGAGUAUUUUUGGCUGGGCACUGAAAUGAACUUGUGAAGCAAGUUUUGCUUAAAACACGAAUGGAAUACUGCAUUAUACUAGUACCUUAAUUACCUGUGUGAGGUUCGCCUCACAUUAUUAAUUAUUUUAAGAUUCCACCGUUUAGCUGUCUGUAAAUUGUGAUUCUAGUGUACUCUAAUGUAGAUUGUAUAGAUGUGCUUGUUAAGGUAUUGUACGUGUUUACUUGGGGUUAAAGUGGGCAGUCACAAUUUUUAUUUACGUGAAAUUAUCUGUGUCCUUUAUAAUUUUAUCAAUGCAAUAUUAAAAGUCGAAUAGAUUCUCUUAAAAAUAAAUUAUGUAAUACCUAUUAGGUUAUAUUAUAUAUUAAUAUAACUAUAUAUUAAUUAUAUUAUAAUCAAACUUUAUUUUAGUUUAUUUCCACUGAGUAGAUAUGUGUAGGAUAAUAUAUAUAUAUAUUUUUUUUGGAGGUUGAAAUUUAUUUUUAAAUCCUAUUAGCAUAACAUUUUUAUAAACAAAUAUGCGUGAGAGAAAAACAUUUCGGAAUUCUUGUUUCCACUGUGGAUUUGUAUAUUCGUAAAAAAAAAAUUAAAUUAAAUCACCAAAUAUGCAUCUGCUUUCAAAAGCAUUGCAGAGCCAGUCAUAUUCGAAGAUAUCAAAUGACAACUUUUGCAGGUUUCUUAUUACGCCGACACGGUUUUCAAGCGUUUUUUCUCAAAACAGUCCAUAUUCUCGUAGAUUUUAAUAUUUUCUGUGUAUAUUAAUAAAUAAUGAUACCGUAACUAGUCACCAUAAAAAGAAGAGUUGCAUGUAAAAUAAUAACUAUUAGCGCUGUGAAUUUAAUGCACUAAAAAACCUUUUUCAAAGUGUUUAAAUUCGUAAAAGAAUAAUGAGUAAAUAGCAAAGCUCCUUAAUUAGAGCUGAAUUUUUUUCCAUCUUUUUUGUGUUUUAAAAAUAUUAUUUGUAAAAUAAUAAAUAAUUGAAUACUAUAAUAAAUAUUAAAAUUGUAUACUAUAUUAUAAAAUGCAUAAUACUAUAAACUAUAUUACUUCCAAAUAAAAUACGAAAUUUAGAAUUAAAAUGGUGUGAGUGUGGGUUGAAAGUCGAAACCUCAAAAGGAAUAUCUUUGACAAUAAUCUAAUAUAUUAUAUACAUUAUACAUAUGCUGGUAACAGCCUAUGAAUAUUUUUUUUUUUUUUAAUUGUAAUUGCUUUUAUGGGAAUUAAAUGUUUUUUUUUUUUUUUAAAGGUUUUUAAAUGCAUUAAAUCUACAGUUCUAUUGUUAUUUCUGUGAUACAUCCACAUCUGAUAAAUUACGCAUUUCGAUUGAUCCCUAGCUUUCUGCACUCAAGUUAUAUGAACAUAAUAAUUGUAUAUUAUAAUUUGUAUUUGUUCUUUUAGGCGUUUAGCAACGAACACGUCAAGGAAAUAGGCAUCGUGCAAGAUUUCGAUUGCUCGUAUAAUAAGAAAUUGAAAAUGGUCGGUCCCGCUGUUACAUUUAAAAACAGCGGUAACGAAAUUCUGAGAGAACCUCCGUUGCUGGGUCAGCACACGGACGAAGUACUGACUUCUCUAGGGUACAGUACAGAAUAUAUAGAAUCGUUGCGUUCGAAAAAUGUAAUAUGACGAUGAUCAUGAUAUAACUGGGUAUUUCGCUCGUUUUAUUUUCGACGUGGGACGUGUUGUUAAAUAUAUUAUAAUAAUAUUAAUGGACUUUUUUUACCUUGUAAAUAUGAUGUUAAUUUGCACAUUGUUUCGCCGUAUAGCCAUAAACCGGUAACGGUCUGACCUACUGCCAUUGGCAUGCAUAUGAACGUUACUAGAAGAUCGGCUAUAGACAAGUUCACCAAAAAGUAGUUGGUUACACUGAAAACAUAAAAAAAUAAAACGUUAUAACGCAUCAUUGUAUGUAUAAUAUUAUGUAAGAAUAUAAUUAUUUCACAUGUUUUUUUUUAACGUUUAAGUAUAAUUUGUGUAAAUAUAUAUAUGUAUGUAUAUUUUUUAUUUAUAUUAGAGGUAUUGAUUUAAAACGUGAAUUAAACUUACGUGAAUACGGAGUCCGUGUACAGACAAAUGAACAUUUUUUAUUCACGUAUAAUUAAUAUUCGUGAAUUUUAUAUCAGUGUUCACGUGUUUUUGGGUAAAUCACGUAUUCAAGGAUAUUAAGUGAUCAUUAUGUAGUACCUAUAUAUGUUAAAGUGCGAAUAUAAAUAGGGGAUACUGGCCUUUAAGUACUUCCAAUGUCGAGUAGAUAAACUAAUUAUUAUUACAUGUUAGAAAUUCAAUAUACAGGUUGUUUAUACUCUAAUACACGAAUACGUCAAUACGCCAAUACACGUGUACAUGUAAAUAAUUACACGUGUAGAGUGUACAUGGAUUUAUCAAAUGCACGGUUUUGUAAAAACGAAUGUUAAUUCCACGGGAAUACGUGAAAGCGUG